GAUAAGAAAAGGUAUGUCAUUCAUUAUCUUGCGUUAAAACAGGUACUAGAUAAUGGACUUCGACUUAAAAAAGUGCAUAGGAUUCUGAGUUUUGAGCAGAAGCCUUGGCUCAAACCAUAUGUUGAAUUUAAUACAGAGAAGAGAAAGCAGGCCAAGAAUGAGUUUGAGAAGCUUUUCUACAAGUUAUUAAUUAAUGCAGUAUAUGGUAAGUGCAUCGAGCGAGAACGAUCUCGCGUUGAUGUGCGAUUAGUGAAUAAAUUUACUGGUCGAUAUGGAGCAGAAGCACGUAUAGCUCAACCAAAUUUUCAUAGUUGUGCUAUCUUUGAUGAAAAUUUGGUUGCUAUACAGCUAAAGAGAACAAGUAUUACAAUUAAAAAACCAAUAUACGUUGGUCUCAGCAUUCUCGAUAUGUCUAAAACAUUGUUAUACGAUUUUCAUUAUUCGUAUAUGAAGCGGCGACUUGGGGAAAAAUGUAAACUCCUUUACACCGACACAGAUAGUCUAAUAUAUGAAGUUGAUGACGUGGAUAUGUAUAAAAUAAUGAAAGAAGACUUGCACAAAUUUGAUACUUCUGAUUACAAAGAGAACAAUCAAUUUGGAAUUCCACGUGUCAAUAAAAAAGUGCCUGGAUUAAUGAAAGAUGAAUGCAAUGGCAAGAUUAUGACAGAAUUUAUUGGUUUACGUAGCAAAAUGUAUAGUAUUUUGAUAGAUGGAUCUGAGACUGUGAAAAAAGCCAAAGGCAUAAAGUCAAGUGUUGUGAAGAAAACAAUCACGUUCGAAGAUUAUCGAAAAUGUCUUGAAGAACAAAUUAUUGUUAAACGUGAGCAGUGCAACAUUCGCUCUAAAUUACACAUAGUGCAUACUGAAAAACAGAACAAAAUAGCACUAAGUCCGCAUGAUGAUAAAAGAUACUUAUUACCUCAUAGCACAGACACUUUGCCUUGGGGUCAUUACCGAAUUAUUGAGGAGCAGAUGGCACUGGCUGUAAGUCAAAUGGAGAAGGAUGAAAAAAUGGCUGAUACAAGAGGAGAAAGAGUGGGGGAGAUGGAAUUGGAGAAGGGGUAUGAAGCGACCAAUACUAAAGAAGAAAGCGAGAGAGCAAUGGAGAGGGGGAGCGAAUUGUCCAAUGAAAACAGUGCAGCACGAGUGGGGAUGACACUUUAUGGCGAUACAGGCGAACAAAUCUUUAUAGAAUACGAUGUUUGUGAGGAGCUAAUGCACGAAUGGAAUCCAUCGAUGGAGGGGGCAUCUUCCAAUAGAAGAGAUAUUCUACAAGAGGCUAUGGAAGGGGCAGACAUCGUGGUGGGGAAUGGGCUAUAUGAACCGACGCACCACGGUGAAGAGCACAUUCGAGCAGUCGAGCUUGAAAAUUACCUACCUUUGGAGAAGAAACCAAGACUCACUUAACAUUUUCAAAAUGGAUCUAUCUGCACUUAACAAAAUUGCUGAGCGCGAGUUCUUGCCUAAGAAGAAAGUCACGGACUUAGAAAAAGAUCAUGAGUACAUGGUGACUGCACUCAAGGAGGUGAAGACUAGAUUCGGCACGAAGAUCGUGGCCGAGAUUGAUGACAGCUUUCAAAUAUUUCUGCCAGAAAAGAUUUCAUCAGCAAUCUUGAAAGAUCAAGAACUUUUCAAUAAUCUUUCAAACACAGCAAAUAAACUUAGUUUAUUUAUAACAUAUCAGGGUGGAACUUCUUUUAAGUUCACCACAUGCUAAAAUAAUGAAAUACAA